AUGGAGCUGUGCUCAACAACUCAAUCGAUAUUAAAUCCCCGCAAAAUUCCCUGUCACUUCCGCCCCAAAUCCACUCUCAUUCUCAAGGAAACCACAAUCUCUCUUGCCGGUCGCCGCCUCAUCCACACCCGGAUUAGAGCAACAAUCUCAGAGGAAUCAAAUCAAUAUGUUAAGGAAGACAGAGAUGGUGCAGUAGGCGUAGAAGAUAGGAUUAGAGCAACAAUCUCCGAGGAACCAAAUCAAUAUGUUAAGGAAGACAGAAAUGGUGCAGUAGCCGUAGAAGAUAGUCCACCACCCGAAAGGAAUUUGUACAAGUCCGAAAUUGAGGAAGAAGAAGCUCCAGUCAAUGAGGAAGAAGAAGAUCCAGUCAAGGAGUUUUUCAAUAACUUUGAUAUAAAGUUCAACUCUGAAGAUACAUAUUCUGUUCUUCUUUAUGCAAGUGGUGCCCUGCUAGCCCUGUGGUUAACUGCAGCUGUUGUUGGUGCUAUUGAUUCUAUUCCACUGUUUCCAAAGUUGAUGGAAGUUGUGGGUCUUGGCUACACCACCUGGUUCACUGGCCGAUAUCUGUUAUUUAAGAAAAAUAGGGAUGAAUUGGCUGCCAAAGUUGCAGAGCUUAGGCAGCAGUUGCGGACUCCGCUCUCUGGGCAGCGCAAACAGAGGAAAAGAAAGUAUAGAAAUCUCCGUCCGGUUUCAGAGGCGAUGGACUCUGUGUCGCAUGCCGCCAUCAUCAGCAGCUCCAGACACUGUUAUGUUCGUAGUCUAUCUUUCAACAAGCACAAAAACCCACUACUGAAUACAAGUGUUGUAUCGUUACGAAAUUCGAGAUCAUCAUCGAGAAAUCUUGGCGUUUUGGCCGCUCAGAUUGGGAGCAAAGAGAUUGAUUUCAGCGAUCCUGAUUGGAAAACGAAGUACCAAACAGAUUUUGAAAGACGGUUUAACAUUCCUCAUAUCACUGAUGUCUUUCCUGAUGAAGACCCGAUUCCCUCUACAUUUUGUCUGAAGAUGAGGACUCCGGUGAGGGAAGAUUUCGCUGGUGGUUAUCCAUCUGAUGAGGAAUGGCAUGGAUACAUAAAUAAUAAAGACAGGGUGCUUCUUAAGGUCAUAAAUUACUCAUCGCCUACAUCUGCUGGAGCUGAGUGCAUUGAUCCCAAUUGUACUUGGGUCGAACAAUGGGUCCAUAGAGCUGGGCCUCGGGAGAAAAUAUACUUCAAACCAGAAGAAGUCAAGGCAGCAAUUGUUACUUGUGGUGGCUUAUGCCCCGGUCUCAAUGAUGUCAUCCGACAGAUUGUCAUCACACUUGAAAUCUAUGGCGUCAAAAAGAUAGUUGGGAUACCCUUUGGUUAUCGGGGAUUUUCAAAUGAAGGCUUGAGCGAAAUGACGCUAUCCAGGAAAGUGGUUCAGAAUAUUCACCUUUCUGGUGGAAGCUUGUUAGGAGUUUCACGUGGUGGACCCAAUGUUAGUGACAUUGUGGAUAGCAUGGAGGAAAGAGGGAUCAACAUGCUUUUUGUGUUGGGUGGGAAUGGUACCCAUGCUGGAGCCAAUGCAAUACAUAAUGAGUGCCGUAGACGAAGGAUGAGGGUGGCUGUAGUUGGUGUGCCAAAAACUAUCGACAAUGAUAUUUUGUUGAUGGACAAAACUUUCGGUUUUGACACAGCUGUUGAGGAAGCGCAGCGAGCAAUAAAUUCUGCGUACAUUGAGGCACAUAGUGCAUAUCAUGGUAUUGGCAUUGUGAAAUUGAUGGGUCGUAGCAGUGGAUUUAUAGCAAUGCAUGCGUCGCUAGCCAGUGGACAAAUUGACAUAUGUUUGAUUCCAGAGGUACCUUUUCAUUUACAUGGCCCUCAUGGUGUUUUGAGGCAUCUCAAAUUCCUAAUUGAGACAAAGGGAUCAGCUGUGAUAUGUGUGGCAGAGGGAGCUGGACAGUCUACAUUAGGCUAUGACCAGAAUUUUCUUGAGAGAACUAAUGCUACCGAUGCAUCUGGAAACAUUGUAUUUGGAGACAUUGGUGUGCAUAUUCAACAGGAGGUCAGUGAUUGCUUACAUCGUGGCUGCUUAUGA